CGUAUAACAGUAAAAGCCAAUCAGAAGAGGUGAAAACAGGUGAAAGCCAAUCGGAAGAGCGAAGUGUUAUAUAAAGCUAGUCAAGUUCUGAAUCCGGUGCCAUUUUAUUCUAACCCCUGGUUUUGGUUGUGCGGGAGCUUAAAUAGCGAGAACGAUGGGACAUUUGCUCAGUUCUCGAUUCCCCGUUCUUCCUCCAUGCAAGAGUUUCACGCAAGUGCAGAAUGGCUUCAUCCGUGUUAAAGAGAGGUAUUUGAAUUCUUUGAAAAUUUCUGACUGUCGGGCAUUUAAGCCCAUUAGGGCCCCUAAGGAAACCACGGCUGGGUAACAAGGACGUGGCAAAACAAAGGAUCGAACGUGAAGGAACAUCGGAAAACUUGAAACAUUUCUUCGCGGUCCUUUGCUAAACAAAAACGUGCUUCAAAACAAGCCAAGCACUUUAGGAUUUGGGUUGAAUUUCCGUAGUUCCGUCUUUUAGGAUUUAAGGUAAUUUUACCAUCGCAUCAUUCCGCCAAUCCAGUUUUUAGGGUCGCCUGACUGCAAUUUCAUGUAUCACUUGGUGUUGCGAGUGCGAAAAUACCUGAAAAGCCCAGUACUCUCUCCAAACAGUCUUCGAGUCAGUCAUGCAAUGGCUAAACGACCGGCAGCCCUACGCAUUCGAUAAAUUUUACGAAUCAAAUGAACUUAGCCCUCCCAAACUAUCUGAUGUUGAUCACGAAGUGCCAAAUGACCCUCAACAUGCUUUAUAUCCCACAUCUAAAGCUUGGUUAACUUUAAAUGCACAGCUUAAAUUGUAUAACUUUAGCUACUAGGCUGCAUUGACUGUCGAACGUUUCUUUAAUUUGAACUCCGAGAGUUUUUUUGUCAGAACAAAGAAUAUUCCUAAAUCAAUACAUGUAAAUAUUCUUCUUCCUUCUCUGAUCUUUUUUAGUCACUCUUGAUAGUGAAGUAGAAAUUCAGGUUCCUUGUUGAUUCAAUUUUUACCUGUAAACUGUUCUUUUUCAGAAUCAAAUAUCAGCUUGCAGUACAGUUGUAAGGUAACUUUUGUAGAUAGAUGUUGGAAUAAAUAAAAAAAUGGUAAACAUAACUUGGUUAUCUGGACCAACUCCAAUUCGAAAAAGAGGCCUGUCUGAUAACAUCAAAACGAUCAGAUUUCUUAUACUUUUAGUUUUUAAAUUUUAAUUAAUUAAUUAAUUUAUUUUAUUUAAGAUUUUAUGAUAUGAUUUUUUUUUUUAAUUAAUUAAGUUGUCGGCAGGUCCACACCAGCCUUUAGGUUGCCGCAAACCGACCUGCCUUAACAAAUAGUAUAUGUAUGUAUGUAUGUAUGUAUGUCUGGGAAUUUGAAGGAAUAAACUGUUUCUCAUUAUUCCUCCACUUGCAAACACAUCACUCAGCAAAGUUAUACAAUUCUUUGUUAAGACAUAACUGCAUUUGUCUAUCUUCCAAUUGUCUUGAUGAGAAAGUAGAAUUGUCAAAAGUGUUCAUCAUGGUACAAAAUUGUAUUUUGGCCCAUCAUCCAGGACUUUCAAACUUGUAUAAUUCAUUGUCAAGAAGCUUCGGAAACAUUAUGCAGAGCCAGUAAAAUCGAUGAUGAUAAUGUUAUAUACAAUUCAAGCAUUUUGUGACAAAGUGAAUCACAGAAUAUGAGUCGCUUUUGCUGAGUUUAAACCAGCUUUGGUGUAGAUUGAAGAAGGCCUAUUACAGGUAAUCACAAUUUUAUCUGUAUUCCACCAACAGGAGUGGGAACUAACACUUGAGGCCAGAUAUGGUAUUGAUGGGGAAGAAAGAAUGGAGGUUGAUAAUGAACCUGGUAAUUGCAUUUCAGAUGAUUAUAACCUCUUUUUAUUGGAAUGUACUGGUUUUCAUAUUUAGUGAACAUUGUUACAAACCUUAUCAGUUGGGUACAGUAAGCCAGGGGCUAGUGGAUUCUUAGUGGAUUCUUCAUUUGUCAGGCUUUUUCAGGAAUCAUGCAGAUUCUUUUAAGUCUACCCUCAUUUGCCAACAAACUGGCAUCAGAAACAGAGAACUGAACAACUGAAUUUUAUAUGGUACAUUGAAUCGAGUUCAAAGUACAGAAUUAUUUCAAGUCUAAUUCACCCUUUUCAUGCAAAGUACAGAAUUAUUUCAAGUCUAAUACCCUUUUCACACCAGCAAAACAUGUUCAGUUCAACUGUGUUAAACUGAAUGAACAUCAGAAACAGAGAACUGAACAACUGAAUUUCCUAUAUGGUACAUUGAAGUACUGAGUCACUAACUUGUAUUUUCACUGUGUAGAAUUUGAAGUUGACAAACAUUGGCUUGAGCAGCUCAUCAUUCACUCCAAAGAGGGGCUAACCCUUGAAACAUCAGCUUAGAAACUCUACCAUGGCCAAUUUACAUCAUCAACUCAUUGAUUUUUAAUUUGAUGAAACCAAAUUAUCUAAUUUUAAACUGUUUUUAACAAAACAUGCAGCUUUAAGAUACGCUUAAGCUUUAGUGUGAAUUGGUGGUUACUUAAUUUCUUUGUCAACCUACAGUUAGACUUAAGUGGAACAGAAUUAGUAUUUGAAAUUGCUGUAGUGUAGUGAGUAUUGCAUUCCAUUUGUUGCAAGGCAAGACUUUUUUUUAGCCCCUUGCAGGCUAGGUUUUGUAGCCAAUAGAUCACAUUUUCAGCACAUUUUGGAGUUUGUAGACUUGACUGCACUUUGUUUUCUUCAAUAGCUGACCAACUUCCACAUAAAUUACAUCUGAAAGUGAGGGGGACACAGGGAUGGGAAUUGUCCUAUGUUUAUCCAGGGAUCCAAGAUGAUGUUAGACAGAUGCGUGGUGUCCUACGAAUGUUUAUGAACUCACCUCAGGUUAUCAUGAAAACUGUCAGGUGUAUCAUUUGUUACCUUUUGGAAAAGGAUACCCAUGGUGAGGAAAAUUAUGGUGAUCUUCUGUUUGACACAAUGAAGUGGAAAAUUAGUGAGGUUGAGCAGUACUGUGCAUUACAUCCUCCAAAAAGGUUACUCUCUUGACAAUGAAAUGGUUCUUUCAACUAUCACAUUUUCCAGUUGUUGGGUUUUUUUGUUUUUACAUAACUUGCAGAUGAAUUAUCUUAUGGAGAUCUGUGUCUCUUUUGUUUGGCAGGUAUUCAUUUGGUUCCUGAAAAUGAACAACUUUUUAUAACAAAAGUGGAUGAAUAUGAAGGGACAUCAACCUUCAGCUACAGAAGUGACCCUGCAAGUGACAUAAUCUUUCCUUUUGAACGUAAACAAAUCAACAAUUUUGUUGCUGUUCAUCAGCAGAGGUUUUGGCUGACAAGUGUCCUGUGGCUGCUGUCAGAAUUGGCUAUAGAACAGUUUGGUAAGGGAAGAUUCUUAACUAGUUUAGAGGCAACUAGACUGAUGAAAAAGUUAUGUGUAAAUAUGGAAAACAAGCAAUGGACAAGGGGAGAGGACUUAAGAGAGUUUGUCUUUAAUGGCAGUUAUAAAAUGUGAACUAGUGUUGUUUUUGCUGUCUAUGCAGUGUCAGAAUGCAAUGCCUACUUAUUCCCAGACUUAAGAAAUAUCUAAGCAGAAAAUGUGCUAUUUCACAGCAGGUGGAGCAAGCUGAGUCCUUGUAGUGUUUUAAAAAUUGAAUAAAAAAUUGCUUGUUUUUAUAACUUCCCUUUUAAAUUUUCUACCUAUAAGGCCACUUGCAAGUAUUUUAAUCUUUUCUUCCACCACAUGAUUUUAUGAAUAUUUUUGUAGUUUAUUUUUAUAUACAACCUUUUCUUCUUCAACAGUAUUUGUUAGUUUUCAACAUUAGGGCCCCUCUGGAUACCAUCCUUAUAGCCAAAUGUAAAUAAAGUUUAUCCAUCAAAUGGAGUCAUAAUAGACCAAUAAAAUCUCCUGAUUAUAUAGCGAGUUUCAUUUCAGGGAAGAAUGGAAUCUUUGAAAUUACUUUUACCCAAGCUGACUACUAACACUCAUUAUUUCUUAUUCAUUUCUGUUACUGGCAGGGCAGCAAGGCUAAAGUCCCAAGAAACCCAAACAAGACUUGUUUGUUUUUGAAAGAAAACAUUAAAUUUAGUCAUCUUAUAAGCAUAAUUAAAUGCGAAAAGAUUUCCCAUACUUUUAUGUCGUUCUUUUAGUUGAAAACUAGGCAACAUAGAAUGUGUAAAGGGGUUAGUUUUAAGUGUCAGUGCCAGGUAUCACAAAAUGAUCAGUUUUAUCAACAAAGUUGAUGAUGUAAAUUGGCCUUAGUAGACCCAUUAUCUACUCAGUUAUUAUAAGGAUAUUGGAAAAUCCCAAGAAACCCAAGCAAGGCUUAUUUGUUUUUUAAAAGAAAACACUAAAUUUAGUUAUCUUAUAAGCAAUUAUAGUUAAAUGCAAAAAGAUUGCCCAUACUUUUGUCAUUCUUCUAGUGGAAAACUAGGCAACAUAGAAUGUGUGAAGGGAUAAGUUUUUAGUGUUAAUGCUAGGUAUCACAAAAUGAUCAGUUUUAUCAACAAAGUUGACGAUGUAAAUUAGCCACAGUAGACCCAUUAUCAACUCAGUUAUAAUGAGGAUGUUAUAGAUAUGCUUUUUUCUUUUUUUAUCCUUUUUAUGCUGAAUAAAUUUAAACACUGCUGUUGU